CCCCCUUAAUCGGCAGACACGAGAGCAUCACGCUAGCUGUCGUCGUCGGUGUGCCCUUGAGGCGACGCUGCCUGUUGCUAUCCGGCAAUUGGUAACCGACGUUGAUAGCGGUGCGAGCUUUGGCAACGUGGCUUCACGCUCGGGGUCUUUAUCGCGGGUGCAGCUCUCCCGUCGGAGGUACAUCGGCCCGCCAGACGCCCCGACGGAUGCCAUCGAGCGUCGGCAGGAGGACUACGUGACGGCAGAAAUCUCGCAUCGCUUGUCUUCAAGGAGAGCCAGAGGUUGACCCGAUUCCGCUUGCUCCUUCAAAGAUGCCAGCCCACGAGGUUCGGAGUUCCGCACCACCUCCUCCCCACACGGAGGUGUCCUACAAAAAAGUGGACCUUUUCAACGUCCAGGGCCUUCUACUACAGCAGGACAGCUUCGAUCGUGACAAGAUCCGCAAGGUCCUCUGGUUCAAGCCUUUGCCUGGCGACAUCUUCGUCGGUUCCUAUCCGCGCUCCUGCUCCACCCUGGCGCAGUACAUAAUCUGGUCGCUCUUCCACGAAGGCAAACCGCUGCCAGACUUCCACACCCUCCUCACCAAAGAGUUUCCUUGCAUCGAGGUCGUUGACGCGGACACAGUGAGCCCCAGGAAUGGCUCGCCACGCCUCGUCAAGCACCACCUCCCCCAGGCCUUCUCGCCCUCGGGAGCCGACGGCAAGCACGUCGUGGUGCUGCGGAACCCCUUCGACGUCUGCGCCUCCAACUAUGUACAUCUUGGCAAGGGUUACGAGGGAAAAUUCUCGGACUUUUUCGAGUGCUUUACGCGGGGUGAGGUGGCCUUUGGAGACUACUUCGACCACGUGCUGUCCUGGUACGAGCGGAGGGAGGAUCCCAAUGUCCUACUGCUUUGUUACGAGGAAAUGCGUAAAGAUCCAAUCGAAAGCGUGCGCAAGGUGGCGGAGUUUGUGGGCGUGGAAGCCAGUGAAGACCGACUGGUUCAGGUGGCCCGUGACACUGGACUAGAGGUGACGGUGGCAGGCAGGAGUCAUCUGGAAGAAGAGGUGGUUAAGGGAACGGUGGGCUGCUUCAAGGAGUUCUUCUCUGAGGACCAGCAUCGGAUCCUUGCAGACAUAAUCCGGGAAAGAUUCGCCGGUACAGAUCUACUUCGAGUCUGGGCAGAGUUUCUCUGACUGCCCAAAGAGAUAGUUCCUUCCUUAAGGCUCUGCGCGGUGGCUUCGUCUUCGCUCCUUCGGCCUUCGCUGGCGACCAAGGGUGUGACAAAUAUGUUUGUGAAGUAGACCGAUGUCCAAUUCUUGCUUGUUACGUAUACUUGGCAUAAGAAGUACGUGAUACCAUUGCGGGAUCGUUGUUUUCGAAUUUUUCCCAUCAAGUUUGUUGCAGAGCGAAGGCUGAUUACCAGCACGGUGCCGUUUAAAAGUGCCAUUUGAACUCGGUGGACCUUGCACAACCGAUUGAAUAUUAACUAAAACAUGGCAGACAUCCAGCUCACAUCUGGCGGCUAAACUCAUCCUGCACACAGGAAUAUUCUCCGCUACAGGCAUCCUUGUGUGCAACGCACAGAAAGCACGUUCCAUACCACGGCGCUGCUUUUUGCCUUAAACGUGUUAAAUUUUCCGGUGCUCACGCUGUUUUGGGUCAGCACCUAGGUUUGUGUGUUUUUGUAUAUAUGGUGUAUGCCUAUUAAACUGCAUUGUUUUUUC